AUGGAAGAUGGGGUGUUUUAUGACUCGAAACAAAAUAUGGAAAGAAUCAGCGAGGUUGAACGGCUUUUCGGGUUCCCAUCCAAUAAACUGGUAACUACAAAUCGUGUAUUGGUAGGAGAGGGUGUUCUUACUAAGAUAUGCAGGAGGAAGCCCAAACUAAGACACUUUUUCUUGUUUAAUGAUGUCCUGAUUUAUGGAAGAAUUGUUGUGAACAGAAAAGUCCUUCGCAAUCCUCAGUUUAUUGACCUUGCGGAUGUCUCUGUGAAGAACGUUUUGGACAACGGCAUCUACCGAAACGGAUUUUCAAUCCUUAGUCCUAGAAAGUCUUUCACUGUUUACGCAAGUACAUCUGAAGAAAAAGCUCAGUGGGUAGUUCAUUUGAGGAAGUGCAUUUCGAAUUCCCUCCAUUCCACUAAGCAGUCUGAUUCAAUCAAAAAAUCACCGAUUUGGAUUCCAGAUUCAGAAGCAUCACAUUGUAUGGUAUGUGGUACUACGGAAUUCAACUUGGUUCAUCGUCGGGUAAGUUGUUCAAUACUUUGAAGAUAAUUUAGUUUUCUAUGUUUUGUUUGUUUUCCUGUGUUUUCUUCUUUUCGGCUGAGUUUGUCAGAGUCCAUCGAUCAGAAAAUGUAGUUGUUAUCUUUCCAUGCUGAUCGGACUUAGUUUUUUUGUGAUGACCUGUAUUAUGCUAACCAGAAUGCUUAUUCCCUAGGCUCCCGCUAUAUAACGUUUUUAAGGGACUGAUUCCCAUCAACUCUUAGUUCAAAGAUAGGGAUUGAAAUAUUCUAAUGCGUUGACAAACUGGUCGAAGAACCAGCAAAGACAGGACUCCAAGUGGACAAAGACAAGACGGAGGUUAUGGAAAUAACCAACCAAUCAACAACAACAACAGCAACAUCCAGCGCCAAUCACCAUCAACGCGAGGGAUUUGAAAGAGGAUACUUCAUUCACUCACUUAUCUAGCUUCGAGCAUUGUCUCAACUAGAGGGAGUCGGAACGGACGAGGAUGUCAAAUCGAGCGAGAAUCGGGAAGGCGAGCGAGAAACACAUUCAUCAACCUGACUGAAACCAAUCUGGAAAUCUUCGUCACUCAGCCAGCAUCAACAACAAAAUUCGGUCAGAUUUUCAAUACAAACAGCGUCAAGUCAGUCACUUCUUCUAUACGGAUCAGAAACUUGGCGGUCGGGUCACAAAAAAUAUUUCCAACAGGCUAUUGCAGACCUUCAUCAACAACUAACCGUCUUCGCUGGAUCUAUACUGAAGAUCAGAUGAUCGGGCCGGAAAGAAUCACCAACAAGAAACUAUGGGCACAAACAAACAAAACAAGAACAAACCAAUCGCCAACCAACAGAUAUGCAGGAGAAAGUGGAGAUGGAUAGAUUGGACACUCACUCACCGAGGAGGCCGCUGGGUGACAUCGCGCGCGCGUCAGGCCAUUUCUCGAGUGGAACCAGGCCGAAAGGUAAGCAGGCAGCGAGUGGGACGUCAGUGCAAGGGUGACAUGAAGGAGAUUGUGUGAAGAUGAGUUGAAACAUUAUGGACUAACAUGGAUGGAUGCAGGUGAAAAGUACAGCAGAAGACAGAAGCAAUUGGAGACGUGCAGUUGAAGCCCUAUGUUCCACUGGGAACCCAAGGGAACAAUAAUAAUAACAAUAAUAAUAUGUUGACUGAGACGAGACCCUUGAAAUGGUGUACCACGAAGAAUAUUUGUAUCCUGUUUUAGAUAAUAAUGUCACAAAGUAUUACUUAUCGUCUCAACAAACGUUUAUUUGAUUGCAUGCAUACCAGAGUGGAAUCACGUCUUUGGAACUUGAGUUUUUCCCUUAACCAGCUUUUGUUUUAUCACUCGAGUAGUAUGAUCUUGUGAAUAAUAUUUGGAAUGAAAUUGUAAUCGUGUCUAUUGCAAGUGUUCGAUGUUGAUUGGGUGAAGAAAGUUUUAUGUUAUCAGUCUUCUUUCUUUAAACACAUCUUUAUCUCGUCGUGUUGUCUAAUUUGCCUGACUGCGUAUAUUGCUACUGUUGAGUUUUUCUGCAG